CUCUCCUCCUCUUCCCCUUCAUUUCUCGCGCUCUCUCUCUCUCUCCUUCGCCUUCUGCUCCAGGAAGAACGAGAAGAAGAAGAAGAAGAGGAGGAGGAGAAGAGCGAGAAUCUGCUGCAGGUUCGACACGAAAAUGGUGGAAUUCGGAGACGAGCUCGUGCUCGAGAGCUUGAGGAUACCGUGGCUGAUAUGGAUCCAGCUCCUCGUCAUGUUCCUCCUCCUCCUCCUCCUCUACUCCUUCACCUCCUCCUUCCCCUCCUCCGCCGACUCCUCCUCCUCCUCCGCCGCCGCCGCCGCCGCUCCCUCCUCCUCCUCGUCUCCUUCCUCGUCGUCGCCUCCUCUCGAUUCGCGCGGAUCUCACUCCCACAAGCCAUUCCUCGUUCCCAGCGCCCACCAGGUCAGAGAAAGCCAGAGCGUCAAAGGCUUCAUUGCGACGAGCACGAGCAGAAGAGUAGACGGAGAAGAAGAUAUGAUGGAAGGAGAGAACUCGAGUCAUAGCUACAUGGAUCACCACCCUUGCUCCCUGGUUAGGCUGGCGAGGAUAGCUUUCCUCAAGUGCUUAGGAUUGGAUUUCACGUCGGAGAAUUCUUCCUUUAAAAGACACAGAAGAUGACAGUCGCAUCAGCCGCCUUCUUUCGAUGUCUUAACUCAUUACUUUGGGACCGUCUGGACCGGUACUAACCACGUGUACAUGAGGUCACAGAUGUGUAAUCUUCAUGGAAUUAAUUGUGAUGCUAGCUUUUAUCUGUUCGAUCGAGAUUGUAUAUAAGAUAAAUGCGUUGACUAAGGUCCAUGCUUGGAGGAUUUCAUGGAUGAUUCGAAUCCAGGCUUUGCGAAGCACGUUUAUCA